AAAUAGAUAGCCGGAUGUCUCUACGAGUCGCGCGAUAUUAGCACAAACGAGACUUCGGAACAUUCUUUUCACCGGAACAUCAGGCAAAAUGGCGGAUGUCGAGAUCAAGAAGAAGCGUACCUUCAGGAAGUUCACCUACAGAGGUGUGGACCUGGACCAGCUUCUGGACAUGUCCUAUGAACAGCUGAUGCAGCUGUACUGCGCCCGCCAGAGGAGGAGACUUAACCGUGGCCUUCGCCGCAAGCAGCAGUCCCUCCUGAAGCGCCUGCGUAAGGCCAAGAAGGAGGCUCCCCCCAUGGAGAAGCCCGAGGUGGUGAAGACUCACCUUAGGGACAUGGUCAUCCUGCCUGAGAUGGUUGGCUCCAUGGUCGGAGUGUACAACGGAAAGACCUUCAACCAGGUUGAAAUCAAGCCUGAGAUGUGCGGCCACUACCUGGGGGAGUUCUCUAUCACCUACAAGCCAGUCAAGCACGGUCGCCCCGGUAUCGGAGCUACACAUUCUUCCCGUUUCAUCCCACUGAAAUAGAAGGGCUGCUGUCUUUGUAUAAAUAAAAAUGAGGUCCCCACA